GGAGCGGAAGUGACGUGACCUAGUCUCGCGCUGCCGUAGUCCUCCUCUCUCUCUUCUCUAUGGUUUUCCCCUCCCACUCUCUUCCUCACGGCGACGGGAAAUGGCUGCCGAGCUGCGAUAAGGGAGCGGGCAGCUGGGAGCGCCGCCUGCCAGGAAUUAAUAUUUCUGAGCACAUUUUGAGAAUUUUAAAAUCACUUCAUUGAUUAACAUCUAGAGGCCUAAGAAGUAAUCCACUGAAGAAAAUGGGUAGAUCUAAUUCUAGAUCUCAUUCUUCAAGAUCAAAGUCCAGAUCCCAGUCCACUUCUAGGUCGAGGUCCAGAUCACAUUCUAGAAAAAAGAGAUACAGUUCUAGGUCUCGGUCCAGGACAUAUUCACGAUCUCGCAGUAGGGAUCGUGUUUAUUCUAGAGAUUAUCGCAGAGAUUACAGAAAUAAUAGAGGAAUGAGACGCCCUUAUGGUUACAGAGGAAGAGGUAGAGGGUAUUAUCAAGGAGGAGGUGGUAGAUAUCAUCGUGGAGGUUACAGACCUGUCUGGAAUCGAAGACACUCCCGAAGCCCUAGGCGGGGUCGUUCACGUUCCAGAAGUCCAAAGCGAAGGUCUGUGUCUUCCCAGAGGUCCAGGAGCAGAUCUCGUCGAUCUUACAGAUCUUCCAGGUCUCCAAGGUCCUCUUCAUCUCGUUCUUCGUCCCCAUACAGCAAAUCGCCUGUCUCUUCCAAAAGACGUGGAUCUCUGGAAAAGCAGGCUAAGAAAACUGAGGGAGCUCCUCUGCAAGAUAGCCCUUUAAAAAGUAAAUCACAGGAUGAACAGAAAGAUACAUUUGAACAUGACCCAUCUGAGUCCCUUGAUGACUUUAACAAAUCAUCAGCAGCUUCUGGUGACAUUUGGCCUGGCCUUUCAGCAUAUGAUAACAGUCCAAGAUCACCCCGUAGUCCUUCUAUUGCCUCCCCGCCCAGUCAGAGUUCAUCUUGCUCUGAUGCCCCUUUGCUCAGCACAGUGCAGUCAGCUAAAAACACACCUCAACAUUCACAUUCCAUUCAACAUAGCCCCGAGAGGUCUGGCUCUGGUUCCCUUGGAAAUGGUUCCAGUCGCUACAGUCCUUCUCAGAAUAGCCCAUUGCAUCACAUCCCUUCAAGGAGAAGCCCUGGAAAGACAAUUCCUUCACAGAGUGCUCCACGUGAGGAGGCUCGAAUGCGCUCAUUUUAUCCUGAAGCUGGGGAACAGGAAACUGCAAAGGGUGGAAAGUUUCUAAAAAGGUACACAGAUGAAGAGUCUAGAGUAUACCUGCUUGAUAGGGGUAAUACCAGGGAGAAAGAGGCCCAGAAGGAGAGAGGAUCAGAAAAAGGGAGGACAGAGGGAGAAAGGGAAUGGGAGGAUCAGGAAGCUUUAGAUUAUUUCAUUGGUAAAGAUGCUGGGAAACAAAAGUUUAGUGACUCUGAAGGGGAGGAGACAGAGGAGACAGAGGAUUAUGGACAGUUCAGAAAAUCUGUCCUCGCAGAUCAGGGUAAAAAUUUUGCUACUGCAUCUCACCGGAAUGCUGAGGAGGAAGGAACCAAAUACAAAUCUAAAAUUUCAAUGAAGGGCAAUAGAGAGAGUGAUGGAUUUAGAGAAGACAAGAGUUAUAAACUUAAAGAGACUGGCUAUGUAGUGGAAAGGCCUAGUGCAACAAAAGAUAAGCACAAGGAAGACGACAAAAGUUCUGAGAGAAUAAUGGUGAAGAAAGAAACUCAGUCACCUGAGCAGGUAAAGUCUGAAAAGCUCAAAGAACUCUUUGAUUACAGUCCUCCUCUACACAAGAAUCUGGAUGCGAGAGAAAAAUCCACCUUCCGAGAGGAGAGCCCACUUAGGAUCAAAAUGAUAGCCAGUGACUCCCAUCGUCCUGAAGUUAAGCUCAAAAUGGCACCAGUCCCUCUUGAUGAUUCCAAUAGACCUGCUUCCUUGACUAAAGACAGGCUGCUUGCUAGUACGCUUGUCCAUUCUGUCAAGAAGGAGCAAGAGUUCCGAUCCAUCUUUGACCACAUUAAGUUGCCACAGGCCAGCAAAAGCACGUCAGAGUCAUUUAUUCAGCACAUUGUGUCUUUGGUUCAUCAUGUUAAAGAACAAUACUUCAAGUCAGCUGGUAUGACCCUAAAUGAGAGGUUCACUGCGUAUCAAAAAGCUACUGAAGAACAUUGCACCCGGCAAAAGAGCCCAGAAAUACACAGGAGGAUUGACAUCUCUCCAACUGCCCUGAGGAAGCAUACCCGUUUAGCAGGUGAAGAGAGAGUCUUUAAAGAAGAAAGUCAAAAAGGAGAUAAAAAAUUGAGAUGCGAUUCUGCUGAUCUUCGGCACGACAUUGACCGUCGUCGAAAAGAGCGAAGUAAAGAACGAGGGGACUCUAAAGGUUCCAGGGAAAGCAGUGGCUCAAGAAAGCAGGAGAAAACUCCAAAAGAUUACAAGGAUUACAAAUCUUACAAAGAUGACAGUAAACAAAAAAGAGAGCAAGACCGUUCUCGAUCUUCCUCAUCUUCAUCCCCGUCUUCUGCCUCAUCCAGUUCACGAGAAGAAAAAGAGGGCAAGAAAGAAAGAGAUGAAGAGUUCAAAACCCACCAUGAGCAGAAAGAAUAUUCAGGUUUUACAGGAGUCAGCAGGCCAAGAGGCACCUUUUUUCGAAUUAGGGGCAGAGGAAGAGCCAGAGGAGUUUUUGCUGGAACAAAUACUGGUCCCAGCAACUCAAAUGCUACUUUUCAAAAGAGACCGAAGGAAGAGGAGUGGGAUCCUGAAUAUACCCCAAAAAGCAAGAAAUACUUCUUGCAUGAUGACAGAGAUGAUGGUGUGGAUUAUUGGGCCAAAAGAGGAAGAGGCCGUGGCACUUUCCAGCGUGGCAGAGGGCGGUUUAACUUCAAAAAAUCAGGUAGCAGUCCAAAGUGGACACAUGACAAAUACCAAGGGGAUGGGCUUGUGGAAGAUGAAGAAGAAACAAUGGAAAAUAAUGAAGAAAAGGACAGACGCAAAGAAGAAAAGGAGUAAUAUGAAGAAAAAUUCCCGCUGAAAAAGCAGCCCUUGCACCACCCACACAGCAUUUUUAAUAUUUUUUUGUCGUCAAAUGAAUGUAAGCAUUUUACUUAAAUUUUACUGUUUAAAAGUAGUUUAGAGGGAUUGUUUUUUGUUUUAAGGCUUUAGAGAUCUUGAUAUAGUAAACUGUAUGUUGACGAUCGUACAGGUAGAAAGUAAAAUAUUUGUAAUUAUCAACUUUUAAGAACUUUUACUGUCUGUUAUAUACAGUGUAAUUCUGCUCUGUCCAAAAGAUAUGGUCAAGUGCAACUCAAAAGUUUUGAUUCUCCCCUAUGACGCUGUGUUUUAUUCUGAAGUAAACUUAUAGCUCUGCAUACCUGAAAUCUUGGAAGAGCAUUUUUUUUUUUAUAAAUUAGUACCAAGUCUCAAUCACAAUGGAGUUAGUGUUCUCCUUAGAUAUAAUGAACUAGAGCAAAGUCUAUUGUGUUUUGCCACCCAUCCAAAAGUAGUGUUAAAAGAUUGCUACCUUAAGCCAGUCUUUUUUAUAAAGCACUUUUCACAGUGAACAGACUGAAAUUAAAUGUAUUUGAAAAUAGUCUUCUAGCUUGCUAAAGCAAUCCUAACCAUAGCUUGAUGGGAACUGUACUACAAGACUAAUGCAGUUCACUUUGUUUUAAUAACUGCAGAAAACUUGCUGUGGAUCAUAUUUGAGAGCUAAAAGUAUUUCAAUAUCCCUUAAAAUGAAUGUGGAUGGAGAUUUAUACAAACCUGUAUUAACAUUGUCAUACAUUCACAUUUCUAGACCACCCCCACGAUGGGAGCUCUCUUCUGAACAAAUCUAAAUCUGACAAGUAUAGCUGUAGCAUAACAGGUGCUACCUUACUCCGUCCAUAUACCGCUACUGGGGAAAUGCCUCAGCUGUUUGUGCAACAGCCCAAAAAGUAGCUUGACUUCUAUACACUGUAACCGGAAGAUUUGUCCUACAUUCCAAAUGCAUGUUCCAUUUUUGCAUAUGACAGAACAAGGUAAACCACUAGUGGGGAAAGAGUUGCUUUUAAGAAAAUCUGUUUAGUAUAUUUCAGACUUUGCAUGCAUAAUGUAUGAAGUCUUGUGAAUGGAGCACUAGUUGCUAUCUUAAAACUUUUCAAGCACAGUGAAUAACUCAAAAUGACAUUCUCAAGAGUAUGUUUUAAUUGGUGACUCAUGGGUUACCAAUAGAAAGUUUUAGUCAAAAAGUUUGUGACACUAUUAAUCCAGCUGCCCCUUCGUGUCAGUCUUUGUUCCAGUUCAUAAAACUGCCUUUUUGAUUUCUUUACGUGGGCUUUCCUCUUCAAGUAAAUAUUCUGGCAAGUGUGAAUUCUCUAUUACGUUUACAGACUUAUAUGAAAUAAAAACUAAAAGUUUUUAAAGGGAUGAAAUGUUAGAAUUUGUGCCUUACCGCUCUAAACAUCUUACAGAAACUUGAACAUUUUAACACAUAACAAGCUGAAACAGGAUAAAGAUAGCGAUGAUAAGUUCUAAAACACAAUCCCCUUCAACAUUUGAAAAACACACUGCAGCACUAAACUUCAAAUUAGAACUAACUUGCUAUUACAUUUUUAAGAUCAUUAACCAUUUAAAACAGUAAGAGCGUUUUCAUUUAAUUUAAUUCUCUGAAGUUGAGCCUUACUUCCUUUCCAGCCUUGCAUAUAAUCACUUGUGCUUCUAGCUCUUUUGUUGCAGCAAUAGCAGAAGCUAAGGACUAAAAUAAAGUUUCGCAAUUUUAAAAAUAAUCUUAAUGUUACAACUAGAUUAAGGAUGCAAGUUCAAAAGGCUGUGUUGAGUGCAUUUUGUUAAAGCAAAGCAAGUUGUAACACUGAAACGUAAAAGUGGAACUAGCAGUAAAGUAUUAAAUGGAAGCUUUCAAACCAUUUCCAGCUAUGUUGUUUAUAACAUAGCCUGCUUAAUUCCAUAAAUACAGGUCUUGAAAAAUUUCCUACAAACCAGAAGCCAGCAGUACAAUGAUGGUCAAAAGAAGGCUUGUAAAAGCUUGAUUUGUAUCAAGGCUUGCCUAUCUCUUCUUCCUAGAAUAACACAGUAGCACACACUUAGUAAUAUAGAUAUCUGUUUGUUUAUAGAAGUGUUUUAAAUGCUGUGUAAGCCAGUAGUAUCUGGAGAGCUUGACAGUGGGAUAUACAACAUCUACGCCAACUUAAAGAUGUCGAAGAGCUAGUGUGAAAUACAGAUCUCAGUACUAUAGUACGGGAGGUGGGGGGGCGGUGGCUAUGUCUCAGCAUAGAAUUAUUUGGCUAAUUUAUUAAGCAAACCUUCCAUCUGAAAAGGAAAAUACCUUCUCUUCUUACACAUCCACACACCUGGAUGUGUACGGUCUAAAGAUUCUAUCAGGUUAAUGUUGUCAUACUGUACUUCACUCUGUCCUGGAGUAUCAUACCCUCUUUCUAAAAGACUAUAUAAACACCACAUACUGCUUAUUACACACGUUCUUGUAAUAGUCCUCUCCCCACAAGAUGAUCUCCGCUCCAUUUGUCACCUUAUUGGCAGCAAUGGUAAUAAGAGCAUAGAGAUGUAGCAUCUAAUUUUGCUAAUGUAACUGGGGAGGGGCAGGGGGGAGAUGGCUCCUCUUCACAGGUCUUGGUAAAAAGGUUAAGCCUUCAAUUUGUUUACAGCUUUUUGAAGGGAAGUAGUGGAAUGAGUGUUAUAGUUCAGUAAAUAUUUGAACCAUUAGCGUAACUAAAAGAAUUGGCAUUCUACUCCAUUAGUGCUAUGGUAAUUUGUACAAAUGUCAUACAAACCUUACCUCUGUUACAAGAUCUGAUUUUACUCUUACUACUUAAGAGACGACUGAACUUAAAACUGAUUUACUCCACUGACUUUCAACAAAACUUCACAAAGACUUCUGGUAGGCUAAAGUAGAGAGAAUGAGAGGAGGAAUGGAAAACCAACGAACUCUGAGUUCACUAUUCAGAAACUAGUAUCCCAGAGUUCACCCUGAUAAUUAACAGUUAAUGUGAAUCUAAAACUCAAAGGCGGCAACUAGAAACAAGUCAAUGGGGGUAGACUUGGACUUGUAGUAUAUGAAGAAAAUUGUGAGUACUUGUACUGCAACAAUCUAAGUAAUUUGAUCCAGUAGCCUAGUUGUUAGGCACUUGGUAGUACAAGAACUCCUCACUUAACGUUGUGGUUAUGUUCCUGAAAAAUGCAACUUUAAGCGAAAUGAUGUUAAGCGAAUCCAGUUUCUCCAUAAGAAUUAAUGUAAAUGAGGGGGUUAGGUUCCAGGGAAACUUUUUUCACCAGACAAGACUAUAUUAUAUAACUAACACACACACACACUAUAAGUUUUAAACAAUUUAAUACUGGUACACAGUGAUGAUGACUGUGAAGCUUGGUUGAGGUGGAGGAAUCAGAGGGUGGGAUAUUUCCCAGGGAAUGCCUUACUGCUAAAUGAACUAGUAAUUGACUGAGCCCUGAAGGGUUAACUCUCUACAUUCUACAAGGCAGCAGGAAAAGAGGGAGGGCAGACAGAGAUACACACUCUGUGUGAGAGAGGAAAAAUGUACAUUUCCCCUUUAAGUAGCUGACCCCAGGCUUAAGUACACUGCCUUGUUUAAUUAAAUCAGCUUGCUGAGACCUGAGACAGCAGCUACUUCCUAGAGGCUCCCUCCCUCCGUCAUGUGUCCCCCCUGUUCUAUGGAGAAUGGGGUAAGCGGGAUGCAGGAGCAUGGGGGAGGAGGAGACACCCUGACAUUAGCUCCCCUUUUCCCCCCCGUACAAUAAGCAGGAAUCUCUAGGAGCAGCUCCAAAGGCAGAGGGCAGGAGCAGCACAUGGCAAUGGGAGGAGGGACAGCUGCUGCACAGGGAACUUAGGGGAAUGGGGAGCUGCUAGGGGGAUUGCAGGUCUACCCUAGUUCCAACCACCCACCAGCUAGUUGCAACGGGCUGCUCUUCCUGCAAGUAGUGGACAAAACAGGAGGCUGCCAAAGGAUGUUAAAAGGGAGCAUUUCACAACUUUAAACGAGCAUGUUCCCUAAUUGAUCAUGUCAUAAACAGAUAGUUAAGGGUUAAUGUCUCUCUUACCUGUAAAGGGUUAACAAACAGGGACCUCAAACAUCUGACUAGAGGACCAAUCAGAAGACAAGAUACUUUCAAAUCUCAUGGGAGGGAAGCCUUUGUUUGUGGGUUUUGGGUUUGGCUUUGUUCUCUCUGGGUCCUGGACGGGACUAGAGGUGCAACCAGGUUUCUGCCAAUCUCCCUGCUACAGUCUCUUAUCUAUUCAGAAUUGUGAGUAAGAAAAGGCGGUCAUAGUCUUUUAAUUUGUGGGGUUUUUUAUUUACAUAUGUGUACUUGCUGGAAGUAGCUUAAAUUGUGUUUCUGCUGGAGAAAGUUUCUUUCUAUUGUUUAUAGUUGAAAGACCCUGUAACUUUUUACCAUCUAAGUGCAGAGAUAAACCUUUUACUUUUUCUUUCUUUCUUAUUAAAAGUUUUGCUUUUAA